AAUCUGCUUCCGUUAACGCUUUCAUUUCGAAAAUGGUAAUCUUUUGAUUUUGUAACUAAGUUUUAUUACGGUACAUUUGAAUUAUAAUUGUAUGGACUAUUUUUAAGGAUUUACGUAUAUUUUGGGAUUUUUUUAAAAAUAGGAAUGAUAGGUGAUAAAUUAAGAAAUUGAAUUUUUAUUAAGACAUGUUUUAAAGAUGUUUAUGAAUUGAUAAAAAAAUAACGAUAACGAAGUGGCUGCGUACAAACUAACACUGUACUGUACACUGUACUGUAAAACGCAUCACCGCGAUGGUAAACCUAGUAAAACUAAAGACCUAAAUGUUCAUACACCACGUCAAAAAAAUUACCAUUGGCCUCGUCUUGAGAUAUAUGUUGGGUGUGUUUUUUUUUGUUAACGCUAGAUUGGGGCUAGAUAAUACCACCACUGACCACAAAUGGGAAAUAGGCGAAUAGGCAUCAAUUCCCAGAUGCCGAUCAAGAUUUACUAGGACUUGACUAGGCUGUAGUUGUAGCCUUUUUUAUUUUUCUCAUCUGUAUUAAAUAAUAUAAUAUAUAUAUUUGAUAAUCUUGCAGUUGAUGUGCCUAUAUUAUUUCUGAUCGGUCGAAUUUCGUAUCAUCCCAUGUACACUUUCACUUACAAUACUUACAUUAUUCUUCAUCCUUAUUUUCGUUUUUAUUUCUGAAGCGUAUGCACAUCUUUGAACAUCCCCCAAAAUUUCAUGGUUCCAUUUGCUUUGUAUUUUUUGCCAGAUUUGUGAUCACCUAUGCCUAUAAGUUGGUAUGCUAAACCAAAUUUUAAAAUUGUAGACAUGUUCACAAAAAUAAUGAAAUAUCAUAUAUGGGCUGGUUGAACUUAAUUUGAUGUUCCGUUAUUUUAUAGGGGCCCAAAAUUCUUUUUUUUCUUAUAUGGGGUGUAUAAGUAUAAUUCCAAACAAAGGCUCCUGCAUGGGUAAAUGGAACGAAAUUAAACUUAGAACACAUACACUUGAUUAUCCAUAUUCAAAAACGGUAUUGAAGGGUAAUGAAAUCAUAAUUUUAAUUUUUCCUAACACUAGCCAAUAUGCACAGUGUCGCUCGUGAUGGCAUUCGGAAGUAAACAUCUUUAAAAGCCCUUACUUUAGCUAACAUCUAAAUAAUGGGGCCUGUAAAAAAACAGGGAAAUGGAAAAAUUGCAAUCUGGCAUGUAGUGUGAAAAUGGAGAGAUCAUUUAAGCUACCUGCUAUGUACCAAUGUGGGCUGUAAAAUCAAUAAAAAGAAAAGUUAGUGCUGUACAAUUAAGUGUUGGUGUUAACUAAUACUGUCUGGACUAAAUUUUAUAAAGAAUAAAAGUAAGUUUACACGCGAUGAUACAAAAGUCGAUCAGACAUAAUAUAUGCACCCGAACUGCAAGAUUACCAUAUAUUUUGUUAUUAAAUUAUUAUGUUCAUUGGUGUUCCCUACCGUUGUAGGGUUUCUGUGCAGAGAAUCUAGUCUCUUAUUUUACUAUAUGACUAUAUUAUAUGGCUCAUUAACAGUACACAACAAAGGACAAUACCAUUAAUUAAAAUACAGUAAUAAAAAAACGAUACCCAAACUAUUGCUAGUUUCAAAUAAUAAUUUAUUAAAGCUAAUUUUAAAAUAAUACAGCAUAAUACAAUACGGGUACUAUUAAAAUGUUGGGAAUGUGCACACACAUAUAAUUAAAUAAUUAAUAGAAUAUACUUUACAAAUCUAUAAUCAGUAGGCUACAGUAUGUCAGUCUAUUAGUGUUGAAUGGUAAUCGCAUAUCUUUGUCUCACAGUCUCCCUAUCUCUACCUGUAGAUCGGCUUAGCUAUAGUCUUUCUUAGAGACAAUCCCAGAAAGGGUCCAGACGCAUCAUAUCUGUACCUAGGGCCAUCUCAUAAGAUCUACCGAACUCAACUAUAUUCUGUGUUUACAUGUAGUCAAAGGAGACAAUUUGUAAUGAGGCUACAACCAUCGUGUUGCCAAACUUGGCCUUCAGCUCCCAAAUUUUUUUAAUUAUUAGCACAAAUUCUUGCGACCAAGGAAAAGUGCUGAUAUUUGCAGUAAUGUGCUAUUCCAAUGUUCAGCCGGCAUGAUGAUCUUAAACAGAAACACUUGUGAAAAAAAGAGGUUUUGGAACCCACAACGCAAAUUUUAACACAAUCAUGGCAGUGCUCCUGGAGCAUUUUUUUCUAAACUCAAAAUGUUAAAAUGUCCUUUCAUGAACUUAUUCAUGUGUGACUCUGUUGUCUAGGGGUAUGUUAAUUUAAACACACUGUCACUGUACAUAAAGAGUACAUAAAAACUUGACACAAAGUGUUUUUGCAGUUAUUAAUAAUGAGCUUUUAUUCUACUGCCUCCUAAUCUAACCAGUUCUCACAUUAUUAAUGUGGGUUCUGCUAACAAGCUUAGCCAAAAAAAAACACACGUUCUACAUGGAUCACAACACUACUAUUUAUUAUUACUAACCCACCAACUAACAAUAACACUGAUCCACUGAUCUGGUCAGCAUCCUACUCGCUCGCUCUCUCCUGCUCCACUGACCACCUGCACAUUACUACUACUACCAUUAAUACCCCCUUUAGUAUCCCCUCCCUUUAUGGUAUUCCUAUGCCUAUAGACCGAUAUGCAUUUAGGCUCAACACAGAUUGUCGGGGAUUCUUACACCUUGACAUGCCGCACCACACCCCCAAAAACACACAAAUUAGUGGGAAGGAAAAAAGAAGGCUUCAUAAUGCUGUAAAAAAGAUAUAAUUUCAAAUUUGUUGCAUUAUUUUUUAGCUCUAACAUUCACAAUAGUAGGCUAUAAUUUACAAUAUUUGAAAAUAUGUUUGUAUUGUAUAUAUAAUAGAUUUGUUAAAAAUAAUAAUUAAAGUGGUCAUCUUUUUUUUUUUUAAAUCAUAACCCCCCCCCCCCACACACACACACACACACACCUUUUUUUUUCAUCAGUACAACUAGACUAAUAUAAAAUGUAUUAUAAUAAUAUAUUUACAGUUAUGGCACUAUUGUUGGAAAUGGUUUUGGAAAAAAAAGGUGGAGAGGGCAUGAAUACUUUGAAAAAAAAAAAAAAAGAACUUUCUCCUUUAAAAUUCAGUUUUUUAAAAUAAUACAGUAAUACCGGUAACAUUAAAGGUGGCCUAGGGGCUAAAUAAAAUGUUAAAGUAGGCCACUAGCAAACAAAAAAAAUAGAGAAACACUGGCCUAAAUAACUGGUAAUACUAGAUUAUGACAUCUUAAAGUCAAAACCCUGUAGAUACUGUAUACUCUUUGAUACCCUGUAAAAGAUAAAACCCUGUACCGGUACAAAAAAAAACUUAUAUAGAUUUAUUCCCAUAAAAUUCAUCUUACAGAUUGUUUUAAAAAAUUAUUUGGAGACAGUUUAAACAAAUUUGAGAAUUUAAUAUAUUUCCUAGUGUCCUUGCUCAAGCGUUUCAUUAAAUAUAUUUUUGUCUUCCUUUUUUUUUUUUUUAGCUAUUCUACUCAUUUUUCAAAUCACUGGUCGGAAAAGAAGUAGUGGUUGAAUUAAAAAAUGAUUUGUGGUAAGUAUUUAAUCAAAGUAGUUACAAUUUCAUAACACAAUUAUUAAGAGUAUAUGCCAGCACCUGCUUUUUUAUAUAUUUUAAAUGAAACGAUUAAAAGUAAAAACGUAUUAAUACUUGCAGAACCCUGUUUAAAAAAUACCGAAUGAGUUUUUUUAUUAUUAUUAUUACUUACUAUGCAAAGAGUGAAAAUUAUCUUAAAUAAAAUAUAUUGUUUUUGUUUCCUUGAAAUAGUAUCUGUGGAACGUUGCAUUCUGUUGAUCAAUUUCUGAAUAUUAAACUAACAGACAUCAGUGUGACAGAUCCAGAAAAAUAUCCUCAUAUGGUGAGAUUUUGUCAUUUUUAAUGAUGUUGCAGAGGGCAUGUAAUGUUUAAAAAUUAGAUUUAAUCAAGGCAUAUGUACCAUUAACACUUUCAGUAGCAUAGUAUCUAUUACCUUCAGUACCAAGCAAAGGGAAAUAACUCCAUUAUGUUCAUAAGUUGCUAAAUUUAAAAAUUUAUUAAAAAUCUAUCUUUCAUCCAGUCAUUAAAAAAAUAAUGAUAAUUUUAGAGAGAUUAUGACAUUUUAAUUAAAACAGGUCUACAUUUGGCUCAGUUACACCUAUAAAUUAUUCAUUGAUAAUUCAGCGCAAUAGGUCAGACCAUUGUCAGAUUUAUCAUUAUUAUCUUCAUCUUUCGAUCUAUUUGGGAUACAAAGAUGUAGAAUUAAUUUAAUAUCACUUUUAUUCCCAUUUACUUUUUUUCUGCAUCCAAUUCAUCACUGUAUACACUAAUACUACUAACAGCAGACAUACUUGCAGUUUUAAGCGCUUCUAGAAAGGCAAAGUAGCGUAAAACAAGCACACAGCCACUGAACCUCAACAAAACAAGAGCUUGUCAUUUCCUUUUCAUAAAUAGAGUCAAUAAAAAGUGUUACAUUCACUAGGCAACAUUGAAAAUUUCAAAUUUUUCGAAUGAUGCAAUUCGGCCAUAACAUGACGAAGGCUGAAGGGUUGGCUUUCUAUAAUUUUUUAAUUAAAUCCUAAAAUGUUUUAUUGAGAAUUGUAUAUCAUCUCUUUAAUUUUAAAAAUGUAUUUUUAUUUAUCUACAAGUGACUAUAACUUCACCAUUUUUUUUUUUUUUAAAUUUUCAGCUGUCUGUGAAAACCUGCUUUAUUCGAGGUUCUGUCGUACGUUAUGUUCAAUUACCUGCGGAUGAAUGUGACACACAGUUACUUCAAGAUGCAACACGGAAAGAAGCAGCCCAAAAUAAACAGAGAUAAAUUAGUGAGGGAUGUAAUAUUGUGUGAGCUUGUGUGAAUGUUAGAGAAGCUGUAACUGGUAGGUACCGUAUAAAAAUAUAAAUCAUGAAGGAUUUGAACAUAUUUUUAUGUGGAUCCUUAGCAAGUCAGACCAAUAAGUUUCCAAAAUUACUUUUGGAUUUUUCUAUACAAAACUGUAUUGACAUGGUAUUUCAAUACAAAGAUUCAAUAUCAGUUCCAGGUUGAAUUUUUCUCUCAAACCUCAAACCAUUUCAGUUAACCUAAUGGAGGGGAGGUAAUUUAACUAAGUAAAUAUUCGAGCUGAGAUAAAUGACAGAAAAUGUUCAUCAUUGACAUAUCUUCAGUGUAGUAAAACUAUUUAAAACAUGCUGGGCAAUCUGAUUGUAGGGAAUUUUAGCAUCAUUUCAAUCGUUACAAUAUGAAAUGAUUGUAUGGAAUUUUAGGUUCAUUUUAUUUAUUACAAUAUGAAGUUUGAUUGUGGGGAAUUUUAGCAUAUUUCAAAUAUAACAGAAUGAAGUUUGAUUGUACUAAUUGAUAGUGAAUUUUAGCUUUCUUUCAAUCAUUAUCGUAUGAGGUUUGGUUAGAUGACAUUUUAUAUUUACUUCAAUCAUUAUAUAAAAUUUGAUUGGAGGAAAUUUCUGCUUUAUUUCAAUCAUCACAAUAUGGUAUUUGAAGAAAGAAAAUGAAACCAACUUUUAUGAAAUGUAUUACAGUUCAUGUAAAUGUUCAUUGUUGUGAAUGAUUUGUUGUAAAACAAAAAGUUUUUGUAUGAAUUUUUUUAAAGUUGAAGCAUUGAAUGUGGACAUUUGUUUGUAUAAUAUAUUCAUAUGUUAAAAUGACAUCAUAUUACACUGUUGAUCUUAUGUAAUAAAUUUUAAGUUUUUAAAUAUU